GGUGGAAGGAGGAGGGGUGUGUACGCCAUGCUGAUCACGCUCUGCUACCUCUACCUAUGGGCGCGCUGGGGGCCUUGCUCGGCCGCGCUCAUCCGCCGCACUGUGCGCCGCCUCCACCGUUCCCCUUAUUCCUUCACCUUCUGCUGCUGCGCCGGCGGCGCCCCGGCCCCCCCUGCUCGGCAGUUGCACAUGCAGGUGCCGCCCGAGGAGCGAGUCUGCCUCAGGAUAGGGAACAAAGUCUUUUUCACGGACGAGACGCAGUUCCUUGAUGACUUAAACAGAUGGAGUCUGCUUCUCAUUUCUCCAUUUAUUUAUCCUGAUAAAUUACUUAAAGCAGAACAUAUAGCUUUUGUGACAGAAAGCAUUUCAGCUCAGACAGAUAAUUUGCAGACAGCACCUGGCUCUUCAAAAGAGAUUGUGAAGUGGUCAGACUAUUGUUCACCAUUGGCCUAUAAACCUGGUGAGCCUUACAAGUUAAUUGCUGAAGCAAGUGUAGAUAAUUUCAGCAACCUUGGAAUAGCUUUCAUGGAAGACAGGCUUCAGAUGGAUAACGGAAUGGUGCCACAGAAGAUCGUUUCUGUCCAUUUACAAGAAUCUGCUCUGAAGGAGUUGGCACAGGUGGCACGAUCUGUAAAAGAGCAAAGUUUAAGCAGUACAGAAAUGGAUGAAGUAACUCCUCCUGUGACUUCUGGGAUUACUGUUAAAUCAGGAUUACAAGUGUCUGAGUCUUCAGGACCAGGUGAAGAGGAGAAAUCCAAGGUACAGAAAGAGUGUGAAGAUGAAGAUAAAUCUAGCAGUCUGUCUGACAAAGAGACAGGUGCUGAAGAACACCAUCACUUGCAUCUUUACAGCUGUCAUGAAUGCCUGCAGCUUGAAAACAGUACUAUUGAAUCAGUCAGGUUUGCCUCUGCAGAAAACAUUCCAGACCUUCCUGAUGACCAGAAUAGGAAACUAGAAGAGAAGAAUGAAGACUGUCUAGUAAGAGAAAUAAAGAGAGUAAACCUUGCUGGAAAGCCUCCUAAUGUAUUGAUUUAUCUUGGCUCUGAAACUUCAAAAGUGAAAUUUGAGCAGGUAAAAUCAGUCCUUCAGGAAUGCAUUGAUACAGACAGCUAUACCAUCUACCAGCUGCAUGAGGAACAAGUUCUGAAAGCUCCAUGGAUUGAUAAUUCACUGCUGUUGGUCAUUGCCACAGAGAAGCCUAUUUCUGAGGAGAACCACAAACAAUUUAUUAAGUUUUUAUCUAAAGGAGGGAAGAUUCUAGGGUUUUCUUCAUCUUUUACACUUGACGGCAUACAAAUAAAGAGGAAAAACAAACUGAAGAAGACUGUUAAUGAAUUAGUGGUCUCUAAAAUGGACAGCACUGAAAUCAAGUUAAAUCUUUUGGUCAGUGGCUGUGUUUUUGAGGAAGUGACAAAGGAAGAUACUGGCAAAAUUAAGACAUUGAGUCAAUUAAAUAAUGCUGAUAAAGAUACAGUUAUUGUUCAUCUGACUUAUGGAGACAGUGGAGGAGAAGCCAUUCUUUCUCAGGCACACUUGGAACUGGAUAUCAAUUCUAAGGAUGUCCAAACUGAAGAGGAUUUUAAUUUGCUUAAGUUAAGCAAUAGCAAGAGAUACGAAGUUCUCAAGGAGAUCCUGGUAUCACUUGGACUGAAUUGUGAAUUAAGUGAAAUUCCUCCAUUAACACCUAUUGACCUUCUGUCUUCUGAUGAGGAAAUCCAUCUUGCUUUUCUGAAAUGGCUUGAGGGAAAUGUAGAUGCUGAAGGAUUAAGAACAUCCAGCAAGGUGUCCCUUAAAUUUGUUUCAUCCCAUGAAUCAAAAAUGGAGAUCACUCCAUCUCUCAUGCCAGUCAUCACUGAGAUGGGAAGCUUCUCAUCAGAACAUUUCAGCCUGAGGACAUAUCAAGAGAAUCUUCAAACAAAGAAGCUUGGAAAGAUUCUUCUUUUUACUGAAGUUACCACCACAACAAUGAAUCUUCUAGAUGGGUUAAUGUUUGAGUUGCCUGAGGAGAUGGGUUUAAUAGCGAUUGCUGUUCGACAAACACAAGGGAAAGGUCGUGGUGGAAAUGUUUGGCUCAGUCCUGUGGGCUGUGCACUAUCCACUUUACAUCUCACCAUUCCUCUACAUUCCAACCUGGGCCAGAGAAUUCCUUUUAUUCAACACCUGGUGUCCUUGGCAGUGGUAGAGGCAGUUAGAUCAAUACCAGGAUAUGAGGAUAUUGAUCUGCGAGUAAAAUGGCCCAAUGAUAUUUACUACAGUGAUCUCAUGAAGCUUGGUGGAGUUCUGGUAAACUCUACACUUCUUGAAACAACAUUUCAUAUACUCAUUGGUGUUGGAUUUAAUGUGAGUAACAGCAACCCUACCAUAUGCAUCAAUGAUCUCAUCACAAAAUAUAAUAAGGAAGAGGGAGCAAAGCUGAAGCCUUUAACUGCUGACUGUCUUAUUGCAAGAACUGUAACUGUGCUAGAGAGGCUUAUAGAUAUUUUUCAGGAGAAAGGGCCCAAUGGAGUUCUUCCUCGUUACUACAAGUACUGGGUACACAGUGGUAAGCAAGUCCGCCUGCACAGUGAGGAGGGCCCGACUGCAUGGAUAGUUGGCUUAGAUGAUUAUGGGUUCCUUCAAGUCCACGAAGAAGGCAAGGGUGUAGAGUCUGUGCACCCAGAUGGCAACUCUUUCGACAUGCUGAGAAACCUCAUAAUCCCAAAGCACGAGUAGUCCUUAGAGCUCACAGUGCAAAGGGAGGCUGUUAAGUAUUUGCUCUAAGCAGCUAAAUUGGCUUGAAGGUGGGAAGGGCAGCUUGAUUUUGUUUUUUUAAUUCUGAUUUUCCAACAUCUUUGCUCUGACCUGGAUAACUUUGACAGUUAAGAAAAGGUAAUUAUCUCAUUGCUGAAGGCCUUUAUUCUUUUAGUAACUUUAAAAACACAUCUUUGUUGCCAUUCUUUGUAAGCAUCUAUUCUUUAAGAGGAGCCUGAAUGCAAAGGAAUACUUUGCAAUGGACAGAACUUUCUUUUCUUUUACACACUGUAUUUGAUAAACUGAAGUGAGUAAAUAUUUCCUUCUCAUGUCUCUGUGUUUUUACUUUACUUUAGCACAAUGCAAUCAAAUUCUUACAUUUUUACUGAGGUUUGUAAAAACUAGACUCUGUCUGCAGUGGAAACAACUGGAAGAGCUCAUUUUAUACUUCUGAAUUUAGUGAGAUUACCACUGUGUUACAGCUCAGGUGUAAGUGUAGAGCCUUGUGAUUUGGUUCUUCCCCAUGGAGGCGUGGACAACAGUUUACAUCCUGUACUGUCGUCUCCGGUCUGUAACUCUUCCAUGGCUGUCUUAACUUUCUGGAGAGUUUUCUGCCAGCAUUUAAGAACUGUGUUUGGUUAUCCAAAUUACUUGUACUCUGCUCUGUCAGUUGUAUUUGAGUAAAUAAUCUUGUAUAUCCUUCAAAUCCUAGUCUGCCAAGAAGCUU